UCGAUGACAGAGAAAUGGGUCGUUGAUGCCGCCGUGGAGGUUCUGCUACGGUUCCCGCUGAUGCCGGGAGAGGAUCCAGGUGCCCGCUGUGUCUCCAGUAAGAAAUGUCAGCCUUCAGUGGACCGGCUCACGGCUUCACAAAGACGCAAAGACCAAGAGGAGAGGAAAUCCAACAUUCAGGUCCUGAAGGAGAAUGACCUGAGGCCCAAGGACAUGAGGCAGAUGGCACGUCAUUACAUACACCAGCGGCCCAUAAGACUCCCCAUGACUCAGAACCUGAAGAAGCUCCAGAAGGGACCGGUGGGGCAGAGGAAUCCCCCACCAGAAGAGGAGAAUACCAGGGUGAAGUGCAAGAACUGCGGAGCCUUUGGGCACCUGGCCAGCAGCAGAAGGUGCCCCAUGAAGUGCUGGGGUGGGGCCCUUGCCCCCCAGCCCUUGGGCUCCAGUAAGAAUGAAAACCUGGAACCCAGGAGGCCUCAGGACUGCCACACCCCAGGGUCCUUCCACACGACUGGCAGCGGGAAGGAACCAGGACAGAGGCAAGAAGAGCGGAAAGAGAAAGACCUGCCCCGGAAAUUACCCGGGAGACCCCAGCGGAAGCCGCAGAGCGCCUGCAGCGAACCCGCGGACUCGGGCGCCCACCUGCGGCGCCCCACCAGGCCGUUGCCCGUCCAAACCAAUACGAAGCCAUCUGUCCUGGGCCCUGUCCCCACGUGUCAGCCACCUGCUAGGACAGCUGACAGGCGGUCGUCCUGCCCUACACGGCCCCUCUAUAAAGCCCCUGAAGUGCGUGCUUGUGAACCAGCCCGAAGAUGCGGGGCGGACUUGCCCUGCGAAGAUCCAAAGAGCUCCUGCCGGGACCAGGCUCUCAUUUCCAAGUCGACAGCCGGCUGGCCUGAGGUUUCCUCCCGUGAUGUUCCCCCGUCGGCCAGGAAGACACCUGUGCUGGGUCCUGUGUGUCACCGCCAGGCACAAGCCAAGCAUCCUCCUGUGGACUCAAAGCCCCGCCCACAGCCUGCGCCGGGAACACAUGGCCAGAGCUCCAAAGUCAGCAUCCAGGCACAGGGGAAGAGGUCUCCCCAGGUCCCCAUGCAGCCUUCCCAGAACCCUCCAAAGAAAGCCAGAUUCAACUUCUUCUAACCCCCCUCCCAGGUGGGUCUCAGUGACCUGGUCUGGGGGUUGUCCCGGUCGCAGCUUCCCCCCAGUAUCCAAACAGAUACUUCAAGUGACUGGGAAGAUACCAGUCCUAAUGCCCAGUCUUGAACGCCAGGCUCCACCUGACUCACCUGGUCUGAGCCCCGUUCAGACCUGUGCUGUCCCCUAACCCUGACCACCCAGGCAUGUUCCAGGCCAGCAGGGGCGAGGAUGGGACAUGAGAUGGGACAGGGCGUGGCAGAGCUCCAGGUUUUCCACUGUUCUGUCUCCCUCUGGAGAAGUCUCCACCCGCUGGUCAGAGCCCUCCCAUCUCAGAGGCCUCGGAGAGACACGUUCCCGGUGUUCCACUGAGAGGACCUCCUGGUCUCUUCCCCUGCUGAGAAUGACUGAGUGUGGCCAAUGUCCCACCCUGGAAGUGGCUGAAAGGUGGGAAAAGAGGCAGGAACAGCUGCGUCCCGUGAGUCGGCAUUUCUGCCGGUGGUGCCUGUGCACCUGCUGGGGCUCCAGGUGACACUGUGGGUCACCGGACAGACAUCACCUUUACAUUUUGUACAUUUAAGUCAUGGUGGGAAUGGAGCGUAUGAAAUUGUCAUGGGUAGGCCUUUGUAAAUCAGAUGUUAUUUAAGAAACUAAGUCAACAAGGGGAAGCUAUGUUUUACCCUAACAUGAACAGAAAGCUAUUAAUUCAUCUGUGUGGGUGGAUAAAUGACUAGUAUUUGGGUAACUGGGGAAAAGGCCUCUCUGUGAUGGUGGAGAAGGCCUGAACCCUCCGGAAGAGUGCCCUCUCCUGGUUAUCGAGAUUUUGACUUUGAAGGAAUUUCAGUGGAAAUUCUCGUUGCCUUGGGGAAAUGGGAAUAUUCUUUUAACCUUGCACAUUUUGUUAUUAAAAAUGGUUGCAAUGUUAUGUUUGACUACUUUCUUUCAAUAUGAAUAAAAUUGUCUGAAAUGGAACGUG